UUUAUUUUUCUUUUCUCUUAGGAUUCUAGGACCAUCAGACAUGUUAUAACAAUGCCUGAAAUCAACACCGACAAUCUUGAUAAGCAACAGGUUCAGCUCCUGGCGGAGAUGUGUAUUCUUAUUGAUGAAAAUGACAAUAAAAUUGGGGCUGAGACCAAAAAGAAUUGUCACCUGAAUGAAAACAUUGAGAAAGGAUUAUUGCAUCGAGCUUUUAGUGUCUUCUUAUUCAAUACUGAAAAUAAGCUCCUGCUACAACAGAGAUCAGAUGCUAAAAUUACCUUUCCAGGUUGUUUUACCAAUACUUGUUGUAGCCAUCCUUUAAGUAACCCAGGAGAGCAUGAAGAAAAUGAUGCAAUUGGAGUAACAGCAGCACAGAGGCGUUUAAAGGCUGAAUUGGGAAUUCCCAUGGAACAGGUUCCUCCAGAAGACAUAAAUUAUCUGACCCGAAUUCACUACAAGGCUCAGUCUGAUAGUAUCUGGGGAGAACAUGAAAUUGAUUAUUUGUUUGUGAGAAAGAACGUGACUUUGAAUCCAGACCCCAAUGAGAUUAAAAGCUAUGAAUACGUGUCAAAGGAAGAGGUGGGAGAAAUGCUGAAAAAGGCAGCCAGUGGUGAAAUUAAGAUAACUCCAUGGUUUCAAAGUAUUGCAGAGGCUUUUCUCUUUAAAUGGUGGGAUAACUUAAAUAAUUUGAAUCAUUUGUUGACCAUGAGAAAAUACACAGAAUGUGAACGUGGAGAUGAAUAAUUAGUAAAGUACUAAAAAAUUUUUCUACUUAGUAAAACUUAAAAUGACUUUUUAAAAAUUUGGUUUCCCAUUUAACUCUUAUUGGAUACAUUAAUACUUUACAACCAGAAUUUGUGUGGAAAAGACAGCUGACUUAUUUGUAUCACACACCCCACAUAUAUGCACUGCUAUUUGUAAAGGACAUUUAUGAGAGAUUAUUAUUUUGUUGUUAAUCCUCACCCGAGGGUAUU